AUGAAUUGGAUAAUCGGUGUGAUAACAAGUGUUACAAAAGAAAUAGUCAAAAUGAAUAUCAAAGCGGCGCUUGCCAUAACCAUGGUCUUCGUGGGAUGCUGUUCGAAUGUAGUGUUCCUCGAGCUUGUGGUAAAAGAAGAUCCUGGCGCCGGGAACCUGGCGACAUUCCUCCAGUUCCUGUUCAUCGCCAUAAUGGGUUUUUGUACCGUCGGCAAGUUCGGGACAGCCGCAAGGAACAUACCCUUUAAGCAAUACCUCAUCCUAGUCGGCUUUUUCUGGAGCAGUAGCGUAGCGAACAACUACGCGUUCAAUUUCAACAUAUCGAUGCCUCUACAUAUGAUAUUCCGGGCCGGCUCCCUAAUGGCCAACAUGGCUAUGGGCGUUUGGAUACUAAAGAAACGGUAUCCACCCUUAAAGUACCUGGCCAUCUUCAUGAUCUCAGCGGGUAUAGCCAUUUGUACGAUACAGUCCAGUUCUGAAGUGAAAGCUCCACGGGAAACGCAUGCAGACGCAGUCGAAGAGGAAAAACUGAAGUUCAUCGAUUGGCUGUGGUGGUGUAUGGGCAUAUUCAUUCUGACUUUCGCACUGUUCGUUUCAGCCAGAAUGGGCAUAUUCCAAGAGUCUUUGUACUCCAAACAUGGGAAACACCCAUGGGAAGCACUGUAUUACACACAUUUGAUGCCGUUAGUAUUUUGGUUGCCGACUGCGACUAAUCUGAUUGGACACGUCAAAUUGGCGACGGAAACUCCUACAAUGGAGUUUUUGGGUUUUAUUGUGCCGAGGCAAGUCCUGUGGCUAGUUCUGUACGUGUUGACGCAAGGCUUGUGCAUCAGUGCCGUGUACGUUUUGACCACAGAAUGUGCGUCUUUGACUGUCACUUUAACAGUGACUCUGAGGAAGUUCGUUUCGCUUUUGUUCUCCAUAGUAUAUUUCAAGAAUCCAUUCACACUUGGACAUUGGCUCGGAACCCUGCUGGUGUUCAUAGGGACAAUGAUAUUUACGGAAUUGCUGCAGAAAUUUGUCGCUCUGUUCUUACCGUCGAAAGAAAUCGAGAAGAAGAAGAAAAUAUAA